CUUCCGUUUCCGGCCACUUGGCGUGUAAAACGCCGACGGGAGGAUGGACGGGUUAGUAGCUCAGUACUCUGCGCGACUGCUGCGGCAGGAAAAAGAAAUUAAGUCUCUGACUGCCGAAAUCAACCGCUUGAAAAGCUGUGGCUAUUUAGAAACGUCACCAAAUUUGGAGCAGUUACGAGAAGAAAAUUUAAAAUUAAAGUAUCGACUGAAUAUUCUUCGAAAGAGUCUUCAGGCAGAGAGGGGCAGACCGACUAAAAACAUGAUUAACAUCAAUAGCCGCCUCCAAGAAGUCUUUGGCCAUGCCAUCAAGGCUGCGUACCCAGACUUGGAAAGCCCCCCUUUGGUCGUAACACCAAGCCAGCAGCCCAGGUUUGGGGACUACCAAUGCAACAGUGCCAUGGGGAUUUCUCAGGUAUGCAAGGAACAGAAAGUUAAUCCAAGAGAAAUCGUCCGAGAGAUCACGCAACUGCCAAGCAAUGAAUGCAUUGAGAAAGUGGGAAUUGCUUGGUCCAGAUUCAUUAAUGUCCACUUACGAAAGGAUUUUGUAUCAGAGCAGCUGAGCAAUCUCCUCAUAAAUGGAGUUCGACUCCCUGCCCUUGGACAGCAUAAAAAGGUUGUGGUGGACUUUUCCUCUCCCAACAUAGCCAAGGAGAUGCACGUGGGCCACCUCAGGUCAACCAUCAUAGGGGAAAGCAUGUGCCGACUCUUUGAGUUCGCAGGAUAUGACGUGCUCAGGUUAAACCACGUGGGAGACUGGGGAACGCAGUUUGGCAUGCUCAUUGCUCACCUGCAGGAUCAGUUCCCAGACUACCUGACAGUCUCACCUCCCAUCGGGGAUCUUCAGGCCUUUUAUAAGGAAUCGAAGAAGAGGUUUGAUACUGAAGAGGAAUUUAAGAAACGAGCGUACCAGUGCGUCGUUCUGCUCCAGGGUAAAGAUCCAGACAUUAUAAAAGCUUGGAAGCUUAUCUGUGAUGUCUCCCGACAAGAGUUCAAUAAAAUCUAUGACGCCUUGGACAUCUCUUUAAUAGAGAGAGGGGAGUCUUUCUAUCAAGAUAGAAUGAAUGCUGUUGUAAAGGAAUUUGAAGAUAAAGGACUCGUGCAAGUGGAUGAUGGCAGGAAGAUUGUGUUUGUCUCUGAGUGUUCCAUCCCAUUGACCAUAGUGAAAUCAGAUGGAGGUUACACCUACGAUACAUCUGACCUGGCUGCUCUCAAACAGAGGCUAUUUGAGGAGAAAGCAGAUAUGAUCAUCUAUGUGGUGGAUAAUGGACAAGCUGUGCACUUCCAGGCAGUGUUUGCUGCUGCUCAAAUGAUAGGCUGGUAUGACCCUAAAGUAACCCGGGUGUUCCACGCUGGAUUUGGUGUGGUGCUAGGGGAAGACAAGAAGAAAUUUAAAACACGUUCAGGUGAGACCGUGCGCCUCAUAGACCUUCUGGAAGAAGGACUAAAGCGAUCCAUGGACAAGUUGCAGGAGAAGGAGCGGGACAAGGUAAUGAGGCCUCGAUGGCAGGUCUGGAUGUGAACCCCACAAGGUCU